AUGGCCAACUACAACAAGGACAACUUCUACAACAACCACUACUUCUUCACCUUCCGCGACCCAACGCACGGUCUCGUGCAGUUUGUCGGUCAGAGCGAGGCCUCCAAGCUCGGUAUGAUUUCGACGACCAACGGUCAGGUGUACAUGGGUUACGCUACGACUCGUAUCUACCCUCCUGCGCCUAGCACCACGUCGACCUCGACUACGUCCAGUUCGACUUCGACUUCCACUUCGGCAACGUCGACCUCGACCUCGUCAGGUGCUCCCAGGCAGCGUCGGCAGGCGACCUCUUCGGCUUCCUCCUCGGUUGCUUCGUCCUCGAGCAGCACCACCUCGACCAGCGCUGCUGCGACUAGCACCGUCGCUCCGAUCCCGUACAUGAAGGCGGUGCGUGUGUCGUCGUUCGACACCUUCACCACGGGUGUCUUCAUUCUCGAUGCCUCUCACAUGCCCGUUGGCUGUGGUGUCUGGCCCGCCUGGUGGACUGUGCCCACCAACCCGGCUGGUGGCUGGCCCAACGGUGGUGAGAUCGACAUCGUUGAAGGCAUCUCGUACACCUCGCAGAACACCUACUCGGUUCACACCACGCCCGGUUGCAAGGUCAACUCGACCACCAACGCCCAGCUCGGUUCGUACCAGCUGCAAAACAUCACCCAGGCGACCAACUGCGCUUCGGCAGAAACCUCGAACCAGGGCUGUGGAGUCCAGUCAAACCUCCGUAACGACUUCGGUGUAGGCUACAACAACCAGGGCGGUGGAAUCCACGCCAUGGUCUGGGACAAGGACUACGGUAUCAAGUCGUGGUUCUUCAACCGUGCCAACGCUCCCGCCGAUAUUGCUGCUGGCAAGCCCGACCCGAUGGGCUGGGGUACCCCGCAAGGUAGCUGGCCCGCCACGGACUGUGAUCCAGCCAAAUUCUUCUUCAACCACGUCAGUGUGUUCAGCAACACCAUCUGCGGCGAUUGGGCUGGAGACAACUUCCUCUGGAACAACGCCUUCCAAGGUCAAUCGCAGAGCUGCGCUCAGCGAACCGGCUACCCCACCUGCCAGGCGUACGUCCAGAGCAAGGACGUCGAUUUCAGCCAGGCCUACUGGCUCAUCAACUCCGUCAAGGUCUACCAGACCGCUAGAACGUAUUAA